CCUCUCAAAGCCCGGGAAAAGCGGGAAAUGGCGGUUCGGAGCGCGGGUUCUCGGCCAAUCUUGAAGCAGAAGGGGUUAAUGGCCGCUGACAGGGGGCGCAGGAUAUUAGGAGUGUGUGGCAUGCAUCCUGACCAUCAGGAAACUCUGAAAAAGAACCGAGUGGUGCUGGCCAAACAGCUGUUGCCGAGUGAACUGUUGGAACAUCUCCUGGAGAAGGACAUCAUCACUUUGGAAAUGAGAGAGCUCAUCCAGGCCAAAGUGGGCAGUUUCAGCCAGAAUGUGGAACUCCUCAACUUGCUGCCCAAGAGGGGUCCUCAGGCUUUUGAUGCCUUCUGUGAGGCCCUGAGGGAGACCAAGCAGGGCCACCUGGAGGAUCUGCUGCUUACCACUCUCUCUGAUCUUCAGCAUGCACUUCCACCGUUGAGCUGUGACUAUGACUUGAAUCUUCCAUAUCCGGUGUGUGAGUCCUGUCCUCCUCACAAACAGCUCCGCCUGUCAGCAGAUGCUGUGGAAUACUCCCUAGACAAUGGAGAUGGCCCUCCCUGCCUUCAGGUGAAGCCUUGCACUCCCGAGUUUUAUCAGAAACACUGCCAGCUGGCCUAUCGACUGCAAUCUCGACCUCGAGGCUUAGCACUGGUGCUGAGCAAUGUACACUUCACGGGAGAGAAAGAUCUGGAAUUUCGCUCUGGAGGGGAUGUAGACCACAGUGCUCUAGUCACCCUCUUCAAGCUUUUGGGCUACAGCGUCCAUGUUCUACAUGAUCAGACUGCACAGGAAAUGCAAGAGAAACUCCAGAAUUUUGCACAGUUACCAGCACACCGUGUCACGGACUCCUGCAUAGUGGCACUCCUCUCACAUGGGGUGGAGGGUGGCAUCUACGGUGUGGAUGGCAAGCUGCUUCAGCUACAAGAGGUUUUUCGGCUAUUUGACAAUGCCAACUGCCCGAACCUACAGAACAAGCCGAAAAUGUUCUUCAUCCAGGCCUGCCGUGGAGAUGAGACCGAUCGUGGGGUUGACCAGCAAGAUGGAAAGAACCAUGCAAGGUCCCCUGGGUGUGAGGAGAGUGAUGCUAGCAAAGAGGAGAUGCUGAGGACGAGACUGCCCACUCGCUCCGACAUGAUCUGUGGCUACGCCUGCCUCAAAGGGACUGCUGCCAUGCGAAACACCAAACGUGGUUCCUGGUACAUCCAGGCCCUCACUCAGGUGUUCUCCGAGAGGGCUUGCGACAUGCAUGUUGCCGACAUGCUGGUUAAGGUGAAUGCACUCAUCAAGGAACGCGAAGGCUACGCCCCUGGCACAGAGUUCCACCGAUGCAAAGAGAUGUCUGAGUACUGUAGCACUCUGUGCCGCCACCUCUACUUGUUUCCAGGACACCCUCCCACGUGAUGCCACUUCCGCAGCAUGUGUCUACACAGAGGCCACUGGACCCCAGGAUAGUCUUUUCAGGAUACACAGCUUCUGUUCUUCCCCCUCAGGGAUGUGGGACCUACCAGGCCUGUCUCCUCUGCCCGCCAUCUCUGCCUCUCACUCUGACAUAGGAUUCCAGGGCAGCACCUUCCCUGGAAAGUACUCUCCUCUUAAAGCCAGCUGAGUUGGACUUGUUUGCAAGGAAUGUUUUGUUUUGGCUGCAGUUGAACAGCCUGGCAAGUGACGUUCUAAGACUGUCAUCAUGUGGAGGGGACACCUCAAUGCUUGUGGUCGAUGCUUAUGUUCAGUUCCUGCCCCCAGGGCUUUCACAGUUGGCCUUUGGUCAUUGCUUUUAUUAACAUUAGUUGAAGUGUCUCUGAGCUCAUCUCCUGUCUUUCAUUCUGGGCCCCCACUCAACAGUUGCCCAGCAUGCUUUUCAAGCUGCUGGGCCUGGGGCUUAAACCAUGCAGUUGGCCAUUUGGGAUCCAGCACCUUAGCCAUCAUGCCACCUGCUGACUCUACCCUUCCCUUUUCUUCAAGGCCUUUUUCUUCCAUUCUUUCUCCUUCCAAACUAUUCUCCACAUAAGUCUAUGGAGUCUGUUCUCCCCACCACCACCAUCGCCACCAUUUUCUGCAGGUGGCAUCUUUGUUUUUUAAGUCUUGGUUUAAAUGUCACCUUUUUGUGGAGAUCUUCUCAGGUCUGUCUGUCUCUCAGCAGCCCUGUGUCUUACUGCAUUCUGAUUAUUUCAUCCAUUGUACUUAUCGGAAUUUGUAAUUAUGUAUAUGCUUAUUUCGAGUGUUUAUUUCUGUCUUUGGUUUUCUGCAGACUCCAAGAGGGCAGAAAUUCAGUUUAAUUUUUUAUUUUAUUAUUUUUUUAAAAAUUUAUUAUAGGGUGCAUGCACUCUGCUGGAGAGAGAGAGAGAAGGAAGGUAAGAAAGUGCCCCGCAGGGUGUACCCAGUGUCUGGCACAUAGCUGGUCUUCAGUAAGCAUUCACUGAAGGAAGAAAGCAAGCCGGCACUGGUUGGAAUCCUACUUUUUGAAAAAACUUCCCUUUUGACAUUAUACCUAGUGUAGUGUUUGUACUCCAUUUUUUUCAUGUGUUUUGUUUUUAUCCACUGGUGUUUUUAACUCCUUGAGGACAAAUCGUGUAUGAGACAGCUUUCUUUGCAUCUCCCAUGGUGCCUAGCAAAACGCUAGGCCACAGUAGUCAAGGUGCUCAAUAAAUAUUUGUUAUGUGAGCCAGGUGGCGUGAAGACUUGCUGCCAAGUCCUGACUGGGGUCAGUAUAGUAUGGAAGUAUUGGGUGAUACAACCUUUCCACUUCCCACUGCCAGAAUUUUGUAUUGCCAUCAGGUGCCAAAUAAAUGUUCAUAUUUGUUA